AUGCUGGCGGCGCGGGGUGAUUUCACGGCGCCCGCGGGCGGACGCGGCGGAAGAGGAGGCCGGGGAAUGGCCGCGGUGUGGCAGCAGGUCUUAGCCGUAGACGCGAGGUACAACGCGUACCGCACGCCGACGUUUCCGCAGUUUCGGACACAGUACAUCCGGCGGCGCAGCCAGCUCCUGCGGGAGAAUGCCAAGGCUGGGCACCCCCCGGCGCUGCGGCGGCAGUACCUGAGGUUGCGUGGGCAGCUCCUGGGCCAGCGCUACGGGCCCCUCUCUGAGCCAGGCAGUGCCCGUGCCUAUAGCAACAGCAUCGUCCGCAGCAGCCGCACUACCCUUGACCGCAUGGAGGACUUUGAGGAUGAUCCUCGGGCCCUGGGGGCCCGCGGGCACCGCCGUUCUGUCAGCCGAGGCUCCUACCAGCUGCAGGCACAGAUGAACCGUGCCGUCUAUGAGGAUAGGCCCCCUGGCAGUGUGGUCCCCACAUCAGCAGCGGAAGCGAGUCGAGCCAUGGCUGGGGAUACGUCGCUGAGUGAGAACUACGCCUUUGCGGGCAUGUACCAUGUUUUUGACCAGCACGUGGAUGAGGCAGUGCCCCGGGUGCGCUUCGCCAAUGACGACCGCCACCGCCUGGCCUGCUGUUCGCUCGAUGGCAGCAUCUCCCUGUGCCAGCUGGUGCCCGCUCCGCCCACCGUGCUCCGCGUGCUGCGGGGCCACACCCGCGGCGUCUCGGACUUCGCCUGGUCCCUCUCCAAUGACAUCCUCGUGUCCACCUCACUCGAUGCUACCAUGCGCAUCUGGGCCUCUGACGACGGCCGCUGCAUCCGGGAGAUCCCCGACCCCGACGGCGCCGAGCUGCUCUGCUGCACCUUCCAGCCGGUCAACAACAACCUCACCGUGGUCGGGAAUGCCAAGCAAAACCUGCACGUCGUCAACAUCUCCACGGGCAAGAAGGUGAAGGGCGGGUCCAGCAAGCUCACAGGCCGGGUCCUGGCUCUGUCCUUCGACGCCCCCGGCCGGCUGCUCUGGGCAGGGGAUGACCGAGGCAGUGUAUUCUCCUUCCUCUUCGACAUGGCCACAGGGAAGCUGACCAAGGCCAAGCGCCUGGUGGUGCACGAAGGCAGCCCCGUGACCAGCAUCUCUGCCCGCUCCUGGGUCAGCCGCGAGGCCCGAGACCCCUCGCUGCUCAUAAAUGCUUGUCUCAACAAGCUGCUGCUCUACAGGGUGGUGGACAACGAGGGCACCCUGCAGCUGAAGAGGAGCUUCCCCAUUGAGCAGAGCUCGCACCCCGUCCGCAGCAUCUUCUGCCCGCUCAUGUCCUUCCGCCAGGGCGCCUGCGUGGUGACGGGCAGCGAGGACAUGUGCGUGCACUUCUUCGACGUGGAGCGGGCAGCCAAGGCCGCGGUGAACAAGCUGCAAGGCCACAGCGCCCCGGUGCUGGACGUGAGCUUCAACUGCGACGAGAGCCUGCUGGCUUCCAGCGACGCCAGCGGCAUGGUCAUCGUCUGGCGGCGGGAGCAGAAGUAG